AUGAUAUCCAAUUUAAUCGCUCAAUUUUGGAGAUCAUUCCUUCAAUUAAAUCUUUUCAAGAAACGUUCAAGUACUGAGCAAACACUUUUAAAAGAACAAAUUGCCACUCGUCUUUAUGUUUGUUCAUUAAUUCUAAUUUUAAUUACAAUAGCAAUUAUUACUGGAUGUAUGAUACGAACAGUUGAAAAAACUGAAUCCGAACCUUCUCAAACACGAUUUUUACAAUUAUCAAAUAUAUAUUCAAAUACUUUGAAUUGUCCAUGUUCAAAAUAUGCAAUCAAUUAUCAAAAAUUUGUGACGACUCAUGUUCAAUUUCAUCAAGUUUGUUCAAGUCAAUUCAUUGAACAAGAAUGGUUUGAUAUGUUAUUUACAAAUACAAAUAUUUCAUUAGAAUCAACAACAGAUGAUUUUCGUAUUACUUUAAGUUUCUUUUGGCAAACUAUUGGAGGUUUAUGCAAUGCAAGUCAACAAAGUUGGGAAGAAGCUGCUGCAAGUUUUAAUGCAACACGUUUUCUUAGUCCAAAUACAUUAAAUGAAGAAAUUCUUCGAAAUCAAGUUAAAACAACAUUUCAAAGUCAAAUUGAACUAUCUAAAAUAACAAUGAAUCGGACUUUACUUGUUAUUCGUCGUAUGACAAGUGGAAAUCAAAUGGUUUCAGGUUUGCAAACAAAUUUUCAAUUCUAUACUACAUCUUAUCAUAAUGGAGUUCGAACAGCACCUCGAAUAUUUGAUAAUUGUUCUUGUAUAAAUAUUGAAGGCUGUCCACGUCCUGCUACGUUUAUUGAUAAUUCUAAUAAUACAAUAAUAAUUCCAGGAAUGAUUAGAGAUUGUUUAUUAUUAGAUGCAACAUUUUCUUCAACACUUGAAUGUUAUUAUAAUCAAACAUGUAUUUCACUUUUACAUUCAUCAUUAUCUAUUCAAAUUCAACCAUUAUCGAAUAUUUCAUUGAAACAUUUUCCCUUAAAUUCAGCAAUUGAAAAGAUUUUAAAUGAAUUAAUGAUUGAAGAAAUGAUUAUUAAUGUUCAAUAUGAUUCUUAUUAUUCUGAAUCAAUUGAAAAGAUUUUAAAUGAAUUAAUGAUUGAAGAAAUGAUUAUUAAUGUUCAAUAUGAUUCUUAUUAUUCUGAAUCUAAUCCUCAAUAUUGUUCAUAUUCAUAUACACGUCGUUUUAAUAUUAUCUUUGUUAUUACAACAAUCAUUGGUAUUUUUGGUGGUUUGUCAUUUGGACUUCGAGUUUUGGCACCUUUAAUUACAAUUAUCAUAUUACAUUGGGAAAAUCGUGCUAUACCUAAUACGAUUCUACCACAAAUUGAAACAUCAAAUCAAUCUCGAAGUACUGGAUGGAUUCGUAUUCGAUCUGUAUCAAAACAUGUAAAAGAAUUUGUAGUUUCUUUAAAUAUUUUCGAAAGUUCAACAGUACGUACUUCAAAUAAUAUUUAUCAUGAACAAUUAUACACAAGAUUCUUUAUUUUUCUUACAAUUAUUUGUUCAAUUGAACUUGCAUUCUACAUUUUUCUUACGGAACAAAAUCAAUCGAUAAUUGUUGAACAUCCAUCUCUUACUACUUAUGAACAAUUAUAUGAAAAACACUUCACAACAUUACAAUGUCCUUGUUCACAAAUAUCAAUGCCAUAUCAAUCAUUUAUGAAUGUUUCAUUUAUUUUACACCAAGUUUGUUCAAGUGAUUUAGUUUCAUCGGAAUGGUUAAAUUAUUUAAUAUUACUCAAUCCAAUCGCUGUACCAGCAAUGUACGAUUUUCCAGGUACUCGUGAUUUUCGAGAAAUGGGUACUUCUUAUUUUCAAUUAUUAUCAACUUUUUGUUCGAUGAUUGAAAUGAAUAUUAAUGAUGCACAACGUGUAUUUAGCAAUACUCAAUUUAUCAAUGAUCGUGUUCUUUCUUCAUCAUUGUUUUUUGAUAAAACUCAGGCAAUAAUCGAUUUAUUUAUUAAAACAACACGAAAUAAUUUUGCAAGAACAAUUGAUUGGAUUAAUAUUGCAUUUAGUGCUAGUCAUUUCUUUAAUGGAGCAAAUACUCUUUCUCAAAUAACUAUAACUACUGACAAUAAACUAUAUAUUUAUUUCGAUACUCAUGCACAAUAUACGAUUUUUACAGAUACAUUUAUCACGAGUACAAGUUCGUGUUCGUGUGCAUUUAGGUAUGAUCAUUGUUUUCUUAUACCUAUAUUACAUCCAAAUCAAUCACAUUUGGAUCGAUUUCCAGUAAAUACAUUCUUUCAUGUAAUAGAAAUAGGUUGUGUACCUUUAACUGGUUUUCUGAAUUCAAAGAUUGGAUGGUGGUAUAAAGAUAUCAAUUUUCAUUAUAUUCGAGAAACUUAUGCACUCAUUAUCGAUUCUCAAUCUCCACCAAAGAUCCAGGCUCUUAAUGUAUCAAUUACCAGUCGAUUUAAUGAUACAAUAACAAAUAAUUUAGUUCUUGAACUCUUCUCAGAAGAAUUUCUAACAAAUAAUACACAUUUUGAUCAAUUUUAUAAUCAAUGUGCACCUAUAUCAUGUACAUAUUCACGUAUACAACGUCGUAAUAUUUUAGUAGCUUUACUUCUUUUUGUUGCUAUAUGUGGUGGUAUUAACACAAUCUUACGAUUACUUAUUCCAUUAUUCGGUAAACUUUUCUUUUCUUCUAUUAAUUGGUGGAAAGAACGUCAUUAUCGACGUGAUAUUUCAAUAUGUGAUUAUGUUAAACAUUGUUUUAUUAAUAUUUAUCAAUCAAUGAAAACUUUAAAUCUAUUCUCAUCCGAAAUAACUGAUGAAAGAUCAAUUCUUCUACAACAAAUCUAUACUCGAGUUUAUUUAAUUCUUUAUUUAACUUCUCUUGGUAUUUUAUUAUUUUAUACGGCAAUUAUUGAACGUAGUUUAACUCAAACAUAUUCAGUAUCUUCAUUAAAUGAUUAUCAACAAUUAUUAAUCGAUCUUAAAACAGAUCAAAUCAAUUGUCCUUGUACGCGUAUUUCAAUUCCGUAUGGUGAUUUUGUUACUGAACUACGUGUUAAUACAUUUCAUGAAGCUUGUUCUACAGAAACAGUUGAAUACAUUAUUCAGGCUGGAACACCAGACUAUAGUGAGAAUCUACUGAGUAGAGACGAUAGGUUUUCUGCGUGGAAAUAUUUCUUCAUGGAUUCUUUUAAAUUACUCUGUUCAUUGGCUCAGAAUAGUGUUGAAAAUAGUAUUGCUGUUUUUCUUGCAUCAACAAUGUUAACUAAUCAAUUACAAAAGUCGAAAGAUUUCACUCAAGAGAUCAAUGACACGAUCGAUCAAUUUCAACAAAGAAUACCAAUGCUUUUUACUCAAACAUUAAAUCUUAUUCGAAUGACGACACAAGGAAAUGCUCUUUUAUCAAUGUUUUCAGCAAAUUGGGAUAUAGUCAUAGAUGAACAAGAUGCACUAUCAAAUAAUACAUUUCUUACGGUUCCUGUUGUUUAUCAAAAUAUAGAACAAAAUACGAGUUGUUCCUGUGCAACUUUACGAACAUGUUCAUUUCCACUAGCAUAUCCUCCUUCUAACGAAUCGGACAAGUUGUUUGUAGAUGGUUUAUUCUUUGGAUGUAAUUUGUUGGAAACAGUUUUACUUUCAUCAUUCUCUUGUUUUUAUUCUUUAGCUUGUAUUACAGAUUUCCGACAUAGAUUGUUUAUACCUAAUGAAUUAUAUGAUUACACUAUACAAUUACAUAAUUCAUCAACACGAUUUAAUAUCAAUGAUACAAUUGAAAAAUUAGCAUCUGAAAUGUUUAUUGAAUCAUGGACAAGUAGUAUGUCGUAUGAAAAUUUUUAUGAUAGUUGUUCUCCAACUUAUUGUACUUAUACAUAUUAUUAUCGAUUUGAUGCCUUUGAAUUGCUAGCAACAUUUUUAAGUGUAUUUGCUGGUUUGUCAACUGCAGUUCGAUUUAUUAUUCCCCAUCUGGUGAAAAUAUUUCAAAAUCUUCAACGUCGUAUUCGUGUCACUCCAAUACAAUCAUAA